AUUGGUUUUUAUUAUGGCUUGUCCCCCUCCCACUGGCCGGCUUCGCCCUGCCCAUGUUUUGUAUGUCUCAGUCCGUCCAUCUCCUGACGUUCAAGUUCGCAGGAACGUCACGUCCGCACUUGAACUUGCAGCUCAGGGGGGCUCCGUCGUACCCCCAUCACUCUCUCUUUGCGAAAAAGUCAUGAAGAGGUCCGCACAGCCCGCAGCGCGCUACGCCUCACCUUCUGUAUGAUCCGCAGCUCGGUUCUUCUUUUUUUUUCUUUUUCUUUUUUUUUUUUUUUUUAUCUCCUUCCCUUUUUUUUUUUUUUUUCCUUUUUCCUAUGUGGAUGUCAGACGCAUCAAUGAAGAUAUUUCAUUUGGAGUCUACCUUGUAGGAACGGAUUUCCCAAUGUGAACUCAGCUGAAGCGCCGCCACUGAUCCAACAUGUCUCGCCGCAAGCAGGGCAAACCCCAGCACUUGAGCAAACGGGAGUUUUCGCCUGAGCCACUGUCAGGUGUUUCACCGGAAGAAGACUCUCAGGACUCCCCCAGGCUGGGAGUGGCUCAGGGUGAGCCCCUAAAAGGGGACCCGGACCUGCUGACCUGCGGCCAGUGCCACUCCCGCUUCCCCCUGGCUGACAUCCUGCUGUUCAUCGAACACAAGCGGAGGCAGUGCCACGGCAGCCUCUGUACGGACAAACCCCUGGACAGGCCGCCGUCCUCCCCGCUCGCCUCGCCCCUCUCCACGUCCUCCUCGCACUCGCGGACCCACCAUCAGCACCCGCGGAGGGUGUACCACCCGGUGGAGGUGGCCAUUCAGGUGUCGCCCGAGGAUGAGGAUUGUUUAUCUGCGCCCUUGCGAGGAAUAAUCCCCAAGCAGGAGAAUAUCACAGAUAAAGAUGAGCCCAGCAGCUACACCUGCACCACCUGUAAGCAGCCCUUCACCAGUGCCUGGUUCCUGCUCCAGCAUGCCCAGAACACCCACGGCUUCCGCAUCUAUCUGGAGAGCGAGCCUGGCAGCCCCCUCACCCCCCGCGUGGCUGCAGCUCCUGGGAUGGGGGGUGACUGUGCCUCCUCCCAGCCUCCCCUCCAUGCUGUCCACUUGGCAGAUGGCAGUCCCUACAGCCUCCUGAGGAUGCCGGGCUCUGGGUCUGGCCGGGAUUCGGCGUCCACACCUCGUGAGGGCCGUUACCCCCGAACGCCACCGCUGUUCAGCCCACCGCCGCGCCACCACCUCAGCCCCGAUGACCUGGCCCUGGCAACCCACCAUCCCAGCGCCUUUGACCGGGUGAUGAGGCUGAACUCAGUGCCGCUAGAAACCCCUCCGAGCAUGGACUUUUCGAGACGUCUCCGUGAGCUUGCGGGGAAUGCCACUGGGGCUUCACCACCUCUCUCCCCUAACAGGCCCAACCCUAUGCAACGGCUGCUGCAGCCAUUCCAGCCAGGUUCUAAGCCUCCAUUUUCUGCUACGCCUCCCCUCUCCACCUCUCAGUCACCCUCUGGCUCUCGCUCCACCCCCAAUGCCGUAUCAAAUGCGGUCCAACCGGGCACACCUCUCAAAGCAAAGUCGUGUGAGUUCUGCGGGAAGACCUUCAAGUUCCAGAGCAACCUAAUCGUUCAUCGACGUAGCCACACCGGGGAAAAGCCAUUCAAGUGUCACCUCUGUAACCACGCAUGCACCCAGGCCAGCAAACUGAAACGACACAUGAAGACGCACUGUCAGAGCAAGUCUUCGGCGCUCAACGCCAAGUCAGAUGACGGCCUCUCGACUGCGAGCUCUCCUGAACCGGGUACUAGUGAUCUGAUGGGCAGCGCCACAGAUGCUCUCAAGUCAGUGGUGGCCAAGUUCAAGAGUGAGAACAAUGGCCUGAUAUCUGAAAAUGGAGAAGAAGAGGAGGAAGAGGAGGAGGAGGAGGAAGAAGAGGAAGAAGACGAGGACGAAGAAGAGGAGGAGGAAGAGGAGGAGGGGGAGGAGGAGGAAAUUGAGAGUAAGCCUGGAGCCGAAGAAGGAGAGGGAAGGAAUGACUAUCGUUUUAGCCUGCGGCUAGAAGGGGCCCGCCACCACCAGAACAGUGAGGCCCUGCACCCCAACCGCCGGAGCUUGUCCCGGGAGCCUGGUGAUGAGGACUCUGCCAUGGAGUCAGACCGUGCAGAUGAUGGAACCACUACCAUCAAUGGCCUGGGACCUAUAUCCACUGACAGCCUGUCCAGGAAGUUGCUGGGCGGAGGGGUCAGCCCCGGGUCCCUCAGUCCCCUGUCCAAGCGCAUCAAGGUGGAGAAGGACCUCGACCCGCCCACGCCCACCAUCCCAAACACAGAGAACGUCUACUCCCAGUGGCUAGCUGGCUACGCAGCCUCACGGCAACUCAAGGACCCCUUCAUCAACUUCACAGGUGGGGACUCCAGACAAUCGCCCUUCGCCUCCUCAUCGGAGCACUCGUCAGAAAAUGGCAGCUUGCGCUUCUCCACUCCCCCCGGCGAGUUGGACGGGGAGCGGGCCACUUCGGGACGCAGCGGCACCGGCAGCGGAGCCAGCACUCCCCACGGGAAUGGCAGGCCGAGCUCCAAGGACGGCCGCCGCAGUGACACCUGUGAGUUUUGUGGCAAGGUGUUCAAGAACUGCAGCAACUUGACAGUGCACCGACGCAGUCACACUGGAGAGAGGCCCUACAAGUGUGAGCUGUGCAGCUAUGCGUGCGCCCAGAGCUCAAAGCUCACCCGCCACAUGAAGACCCAUGGACAGAUGGGCAAGGACGUGUACAAAUGUGAAAUCUGCCACAUGCCUUUCAGUGUAUACAGCACUCUGGAGAAACACAUGAAGAAGUGGCACAGCGACCGCCCUCUGGCUAAUGACAUUAAGACUGAGUAGGCAGAGAGCAGCAUGCUGGCAGCUCUCUCUCUCAGCUCCCCUGGCUAAAAAGUGACCCUGGCUAAGUAGCCAAUAAAUUGGGGGAAAGGACAACAGGGUUAGACACCAGUACACGGUACAGCCCUGUUAUCAUCCCCAACUGGAAAAAGCUGAAUGCAUGAUCCAUCAUUGGGGCAAUACUAUUGCAUCAAAACUUUUUGAGCCUUUCUAUUGUGCAAUAAUUUACACGUUUUGUAUUUUUUGUAACUGGACAGCAUGCUCGGUGUGUUUUGGCUACUUAGAGAGAAAAUUGUCCUCGGCUGGUGGGUUUGGUUGUACACGUGUUGCUGUUGAUACUUUUGAUUUUCUUCAACGUAUUAAAAAAAAAAAAAAGUUAGUUAUGAGAACCCAUGCUGCAUACAGUACAUACUGUUUUACAUAUCAUGUACAGUUUUGUGUUCAAACAUUGUGGACAGUGUCACAUUAUCAAAACAUCAAGACAAGCAGGGUCACACUUAAAACAGAUCUUUGUGAAAGAUUUUCCAUGCAAGAUUGAGAUAAGAGAUAUAGAGUAUAUAUAAAAAUUGGGCUGCCUAUGAAAUGCUAGGCACUAGCGCCAUGAAAUAUUUCUUUGACAAACAGCAAUGAAAUUAACAAAAUGGUGUGAAAUGACAACAAAGAGUGCCUUGGAUAUUUUACCUGCAUUAGUUAAUCCUCCUUUUUGCUAUAAGCUCGGAGUUUCAGCUAGAGAAGAUUACAGGACAUUUUUGUGCACAUAUGGAACAAGCAGGUCCUUGCAUCAAGCACCUGUACGACCCCUGUCAUUUUGUGACUUAGCGGAGCAUAAGGAACCAGCUGAAACAAAAACGAAAAAAAAAAAGAAAAAACGAAAAAAAAAAAGCUAUGUGUAUCUCUGGUAAAUCAUUUAUCUGCCUGACUCAUGUAUAUUGUUAUUCUCCAGAUUAUGAUUCUGUUUACUGGCAUGUUACAUGCUAACAAAAGGAGUAGGAGUUUGGUGUGUAGAGUUUUGGUUUAGGAGUUUAUGUUUUUCUGGUACACGUGUACCACACUGAGAGGGUAGUCUGACGAGUUGUUUUAAUAACCAACGUGAAGCUCUUAAUUUUCCAGAGUGUUUAUUUUCUUUGAAAAUUAAAAGUUUGCAGGUUUUUUUUGUAAGUAGCACAGAGUUAUGUUUUUUUUUCGGUGUCAGCACGCAGGCAGUUGUAGCCAGC